UUAAUGCUUUUAUAUUUAAUUAUCUAUAUUUAAUACAUCUCAACGUCGAGCGGUUUUUAUUUUGUCGCAUGCGCAUAUUAUAAUGUAAAGAGUGUAUCUUUUGACUUAAAAGCUGUCAAGAUGAAGAAAUACGAAAGUUUCAAAAUGAAAAAAUACGAGAUUUUGAAGCACAUUGGGGAGGGAUCUUUUGGGCAGGUUUAUAAAGCAAAGAAGCGCUCGGAUGGUGAAAUCGUAGCUUUCAAAAUGAUAAGAAAGUGUGGCAGAUCAUUCAAAGAACUGAAGAGUUUGCGCCAAGAAUGUGAGAUUCAACGCCAUUUGCAUCAUCCCAAUAUUGUACAGAUGUUAGACUCGUUUGAAACAGAGAAUGAGAUCGUGGUUGUAACAGAAUACGCAGAUAAGGAGCUCUAUGACAUAUUGGAUAAGGAAGGCAGAUUAUCUGAGGAAAGAACACAAGUAAUAGCAUGUGAUUUAGUAUCUGCGCUCUAUUAUCUGCAUUCAAAUCGAGUGAUGCAUAGAGAUCUGAAGCCUCAAAAUGUUCUUUUGGAAGCAAAUGGUGUGGCUAAGCUAUGUGAUUUUGGAUUUGCUCGUAGCAUGAGCACUGGGACACAUGUACUUACUUCAAUCAAAGGGACACCGUUAUAUAUGGCACCAGAACUUAUAGAGGAAUAUCCCUAUGAUCAUAAUGCUGAUUUAUGGUCUUUAGGUUGUAUAGUUUAUGAAUUGGUAGUUGGUUCUCCUCCUUUUCAAACCAAUUCGAUAUUGCAUUUAGUUAAGUUGAUCAGAUUUGAAGCAAUAAAGUGGCCAGAUUUUAUUUCUUUAAAUUGCAAAAGCUUCUUACAAGGUUUACUCCAAAAAGAUCCUUCUCAACGAUUAACGUGGCCUGAUCUUCUCAAACACCCAUUUGUCAAAGAUCGAAUUAUAAUAGUAAGCGGUACUGCACCUACUCCAUUCACAACUCCAUUGUCUGCAAGCCAAGCGAUAGCAAAGCAGCAGCAAUUACAUAAUCUGGCAAUGCGGUCUGCAAAUCAAUCCAAAGUUGUGGAAAAAGCAAUCCAAAAAAUGCAAGAGCAAGAAAGGAAACAUCAGGAAUAUCGUCAACGAACGUGUUUUUCACAACCAGGUUAUCCAAUAUCUUUUACUUACUGUCAGCAUGGAAUAACUCAAUGUCAAGCAUUACGUCGUAGCGAACCAAGUGGCACUGAUUCUAGUGCUAGCAUUGAUGUACUCUUAGGAAAUCUUAGUCGUAGAGCGUCUCUGAGAAGUGAUCUAUUAGCUGCAGAUCAUUCUGUAUGUCAAAAUGAUUGUCCGCAUAGUGCAAAUGUACAUCAUAACUUUCCAAUACUAGAAGAUCACUCAAAACCUGUUCAAACACAAACGGAUAAUAAUAUAUCACAGUUGAAUAUGGAAAUGCAUCACACUAAUGCUCAGGGUGAUGGAAUUAAUGUAGGACAACAAAUCGAAGUAUCUUCACACGUGAAUCAAAUUGUACAUGGUGAUGGUGAUUGCAAACAGAGCUGCUUGAGCAUUGAUUAUGAACAGGAAUUCGGCGGAAAAAAAUUGACAGAAAAGCAUACAAGAUUGCCAGAUUGGGAUCUGAGGGCAGUAGAGAGACCUAUCGAAAACGAAGAGUGGGUUGCAUUUUUACAAAGAUCAAUGGAAGAAGUUAUGGAGGGCGAGAUCGACUCAUUAUUGCAACAAAACUGUGUUUCGGUGUUUGUUUCUCCUCUGAGAAAUCCGGCAGCUGGUUGUCGAGUCGUCGAAUAUGUAGCUUGCUUAUUAUCUUUGCCAUUUACUGUAUCAGUGAGCAAGGAAAAUUUGAAAAAAAUUGAACAAGUUUAUUUAGAUGUAAGAGUGGUACCGAAUCUCGUUUAUGCUAUAAAAUUGUUAAUGUUAAAACGUUCCGACAGCGAAUCGAACACAGCAGAUUUAGCCAACGCAGGAACGAGAUCGGCGUCUUCUUUAUCUGCGGAUGAGCUUGAAGCGCUUGAAUGUGCUAUGCUGGUUCUUUGUAGAUUAGUCUACAUCAAGGAUCAAUUCCUCAUGCAGUUUUGCGAUGCUAUUUACAUUGUGAAUGGAAUGUCACUUCUACAGCAAUUGCUAGCUUUGGAAAAAAGGAAGGCAAGAGUUGUUGCAGAUCUCAUUGCGAUUUUAAAUAAUGUUUUACGUUCUCAACCGGAGAAUGCUGAACUUGUGGAACAAGUUGUACUACGUGCAAAACCUUCUGGAGUUUUGGUGGAACAGCUCAACAAACUUCUCAGUCAUCGACAAGCUAUUUUACGGGCGAGAACAUGUAUUAUGAUCAGAUUGUUGGGUAGAUUUUGCUGUCGAGCAUUACAGCAAGUGUGGGAUAAGUCAUUAAGAAAUCUUAUUGAAAGUUUAACUGAGGAUGAGGAUGAACAAGUACAACAUGCUGCAGAGGAUGCUGUAAAUGAAUUGAAACAACUAACAUAUUACAAUCAAAAAAGUCCUGCCAAUUAAGUGCCUUAAGAGCAAAUAAAAAUAUUAUUUUUAGGGAUCAAUUUUAAUGCUAUUUUUAUUUGAUACGUAAGGUUUAUAAUAUUUCAGAAUCAA